CUGUUGUGAGGCUCAGAUAAGAUAACAAUCGUAAAACAUUUGGCACAGCACCUAGCACGUAAUAGGUGUUAAAUAAAUGUUAUCAUUAUUAUCACUCUCUCCUCUUGUUCUCUCUCUCUGUCUCUCCUCUCUCACACACUGCUGUCUCUGUGUGUCUCUAUCUCUCUCCUCUCCUACCCUCCCCCAGGUUGUAAAUAUGGCUAAGGAGUCAGAAGUGCCCUAUAAAAAUGGGGGUGGGAGCUGGGGCGAGCUCAGCUGCUGUGACCUGAGUCACCCAGUGAGUAGAGGAGGCCAGAAAUCAUCUCAGCGCUAACCUUCUGUGCCUCAGGGAGGUGCCUUCAUUACCUCCUUCACUCCCCAUUUCUCACAAGCUUCCUUUUGAAAGUCUUCUCAUCAUGGGGGCCAGUCUCUUAGCAAGCGCUUAAACAAUGCCCAGGUACAGACCCACAGUGGCCCGGGGAGCCUCCUGCUGGAAUCUGGCAAAUUCUAUCCACCUGCUACUCAGUUCGCCCUCUUUACCGCCCCAGGAGUCACUGAAUAUAAGCAUCUCCAGCAGCUAAGGAAAUCAUCUGUUUCUCUAGAAGCUUUCUGACCUUCAAACAGAAGGAUGGAGGUUGGGGAAAAGAUUGCUGCCUCAAAAGAAGGGUAUGGGAGGUGGCAGAUCUAGACUCGAUGGUGCUAGAGACAGGGACGGAAUCACAGCAACACCAGCCGUGGCCGAGGGGAGAAGGGAGACCAGGGAAUGAGUCCCGGAGCCGCCCUCCUCCCCAUCCUGAGCCUCCUGCUGCUCAGGGGCCAGGGCUGCCCCACCGCCUGUCGCUGCUACAGUAUGACUGUGGAGUGCGGCUCGCUGAGCCUACAGAAGGUCCCGCCGGGGAUUCCCCCCAUCACCCAGACGGUGUUCCUGCAGGACAACAGCAUUACUCAGAUUCACCAGGCAGACCUGGCCCCACUCUCAGGCCUGCAGUACCUCUACAUGCAGAACAACAGCCUGUGGGCCUUGGAGCCAGGUGCCUUCCUCCACCAACAGCAACUACUGGAGUUGGCCCUUAAUCGCAACCGCAUCCACCUGCUCAACAGCAGCCUCUUCAAGGGCCUGGACCACCUGCGGGUGCUCUACCUGGCCGGGAACCAGAUCACACGGCUCCUCGACUUCACCUUCUGCCAUCUGACGAGACUGCAGGAGCUGCAUUUGCAGGAAAACAGUAUUGAGCUGCUAGAAGACCAGGCCCUGGCUGGCCUCUCCUCCCUGGCUCUGCUUGACCUCAGCAAGAACCAGCUGAGCACCAUCAGCCGGGAUGCCCUGGUCCCUCUGGCCAGCCUGCAGGUGCUGCGUCUCACAGAGAACCCUUGGCGCUGUGACUGCGCUCUGCACUGGCUCGGGACCUGGAUCAAGGAAGGGGGUCAGAGGCUCCUCAGCUCCCUGGACAAGAAGAUUGUGUGCUCCGAGCCCCCACGCCUGGCCCACCAGAGCCUCCUGGACAUCUCAGGCAACAGCCUUAUCUGCAUUCCCCCCACAGUGCACGUGGAGCCACUGGAGGUGAUGGCCCGGCUUGGGGAUGACUUGCGAGUCUCCUGUCAGGCCUCCGGGUACCCCCAGCCUCUGGUCACUUGGAGGAAGGUGGCCCAGUCCCGAAUGGGGCUGCCGAGAGCCAGCGUCCGGUUGGUGGGUGGGGCCCCAGGGUUGAGUGAGGAAAGUUUAGGGGAGCACUUGGCCUCAGACACAGGGAGCGGGAUGCUUUCCCUCACCAACAUCACCAUGGCCCAUGCUGGAAAAUAUGAGUGUGAGGCCACCAAUCCGGGGGGCAGUACCCGGGUGCCCUUCCACCUGUUUGUGAACCUGUCCCAGCAGCAGCCGCCCCGGCCCCCGGCCCCGGCUUCGGGAGCCGUGAGCCGGGAGCCCCUGUAUGAGGCGGGCAGCAUGGACUUCCAUGCCCUGGGCACGGCCACACAGACGGCCAUAGCCGCCGGCAUCUCCCUGCUGGCCCUCACGGCCCUGCUCUUGACCAUCAUGAUCUGCAGAAAGCACCGAAAAAGGAAAAAAGCCAAACAGGAGGAGAGCGUCCUGUACGUCAACGACUACUCCGACGGCCCCACAACCUUCGCCCAGCUGGAGGAAUACCGGGACGAGCGGGGCCAUGAGAUGUUCGUCAUCAACCGAAACAAGCCCCUCUUCCCCACCUACGAGGAUUCCGAGGAGGGGCCGGCCGCUGGCCGCCCGGGCCUGGUCCCCAGCUCCGAGCCCCUCCAAGAGCAGGGUCUCUUAUUCCAGCCACAGAUUGCCUAUGAAAUCCACUGCUGA